AUGGUCCACCACGCCCACAAAACCUGCACCGACUGGUCCUCGACCCGCCUCUACGACCCCUAUCCCACGCUCGCUCUGAAGUCCUACCCGACGCUCUCGACGGCCUCGCCCUCCAUCUCGGUCUGCUCCAGCGCCGCUUCCUCCACCACCCUGACCCCCACCCCUUCCACCACGCCCCCGCAACCCAAGUCCUUCCUCCUCACCGACGACGACCACAUCGGUGGCGGCGGCAUCCUCUCGGAGUCUCCCCCUUCUUUCUCCUCGACCUCGUCCUCGCCCCCUUCGUCGCAGGCCCCGCCCCCUUCAUCAGGGGCAGGAGCAGCCUCAUCCUCCUCAAUCUGCACCCUUACGGACCUCGAGACCCUGCACGCCGGCCACGCCUUCACGCACCUGCCCUGCCCGCACGAGCGCUGCCCGGACCCGGCGUGCGCGGCGCCGGCGCUGCACACCGACGCCAUCCUCGUCUCGGUGCACGGGUCGUACUUCCGCUCUGCUAAGACCGGCGCACCCAUGGCGGCGGCGGCCGUGUGGUUCGCCGAGGGGUCGCCGUUGAAUAAGGUGGUGCGGUUGGAUGAGGAGUAUCCUGGGGGUGACCUUGGUGGUGGUGGAGAACCUGGUGGGAAUGGUGAUGGGGGGGAUGGUAAUGGUAAAGGGGGCGGAGGCGGAGGCCAUGUCAACGGUGGUAGUAGCUUUGGCGAGGUGACAAGGCAGCGGGUGGAGCUGCUGGCGGGGAUACGGGCGCUGGAGCGCGUGGCGGACGUGGUGCGCGCGUUAGAGGAGGAGGCGAGGCGGAGGCGGCGGCAGCAGCGGAAGCGCGGUGGUGGUGGUGGGGCGGCCAUGGGGAUGCCGGGGACGAGGGAUUGGUACGUUGCGGGCGUGGAGAAGAAGAAGCAGCAGAAGCAUGGAAAUGGUAUGGGACUGCGGUAUGGAGAAGACGAAGAGGAUAGGGACGACGAGGAGGAAAGGGAGAUGGAGGAUGACGAGGACGGCGCGCUGUCGCAGCUCGUGCUCAAGACGCAUUCGAAGUACUUGGUGCGCGCGGCAGUUGAGGGAUUGGCCAAGUGGAAAGCGAAUGGGUGGAUGAACAGCAGGGGGAAGGUUGUGGCGAAUGUGGAUUUGCUGUGGUAUUUGGAUAGGAGGAUCACGUGGUUGGAAUGGGUUGGCGUUGAGGUCAUGUUUCUGCUGGUGGGGAAGGAGGACAAUGAGGGCGCUAUCAAGUUGAUUGGAAAAGGUUUGGAUUGA